CAUGGGAUUAACUUUGCAUCAACAUGGCCAUACUCACAGUGGUAGUCACUCUCACGAAGGGUCUAGUAAACAAAACAUCAAUGUGAGAGCAGCUUUCAUUCAUGUGCUAGGAGAUUUUCUUCAAAGUUUUGGAGUUUUUGUUGCUGCUAUUGUUAUAUAUUUCAAGAAUGAUUUGAUGAUAGUGGAUCCAAUAUGUACAUUUUUAUUUUCCGUUUUGGUUUUGAUAACUACUUACGCAAUCAUAAAAGAUGCGUUGAUGGUUCUGAUGGAAGCAUUGCCAAAAGGGAUUGACUUUGAAGAUGUAAUGAAUAUUCUCCUAAAAAUUGAGGGCGUCAAAAAAGUACACAAUUUGAGGAUCUGGGCACUGAGUUUGGAUAAAAUUGCCAUGUCUGCUCAUAUCGCUAUAAGUGCUGGUACCAAUCCACAGAAUGUUUUGAUGGUUGCUACAAAAAAUAUACACGACAAAUAUAGUUUCUUCGAAAUGACACUUCAAAUAGAGGAAUUUCAAGAUAUCAUGGAAGAUUGCAUGCAGUGCAAGAAUCCUGAUUGACGUUAUUUUUCGUUCAUCUGUUGUUUUGUUUAUUAAAAUAACUUUCAUACA